GCAGCACUGCAUCGCCAUGCCUAGGUCAGAAAAUCUAAACCUAUUUGUCAGCUGCGCUGCUGUUAAAGGGUAGAACGUUCAGCCAGGGAAAAGGGGAAGGGCAGCAACAACUCCAGCUGCAGAUUUCAUAUCAAGCCCCGUUUCCAUGGCAAUGGAUUUGUGGACUAUUAAAGAGUUUUGGCCGACUGUGAGCGAGGGGAGCAGUGGAGGGGGAAUUUCCGUUCACGAGAGAUUGGAAACUGCGUUAGAAUGCAGAGAAGGAACGAAGGUUGACCUUUGACUUCACGUCCAUCGCGAGAAGGAAAAGCAACUCCGCACCUUGGAGACGGUCGCCUGGUAACGAGACGCUCCCGGCAGGGCCUAUUCGUUCUGUGCUCCUAGCCCGGCUGCCAUGGAUGCCGAGACGCUGCCUUACGCAUUGGACCUCGUGGCUAGCAGCGGCGUGUGCCUGAGCCCGGAGAGGCGAGCGGCUUUACGGACGUCGCUUCUGUUAGUGCGCCGGGACUACCGCUUCGAGCAAGUCCGCCUAUGGGGCCGCAUCCAAGGCAUCCGUGGAGUCUACUACAUUGCCGAGGGCGUGGGGCCGGACAGGGCUGGGUCCAGGAGCCGCCUCUACAGCUUGAACUGUGUGGACUGGAGCCUUCUGCCACCUCCUAGUGAGGAAAUCAUUACAAUGACCUCAGUACUAAAGGGACGUUUCCAAGGGGACCCAUCCUAUGAAUAUGAACACUUUGAGAAGAAAGACGAAGGUGAAAGGCCAUAUGAAGAGGAAGGUGGAGUCUUGAUCAAGGAAGAGCUCCGUCUUGUAGCUACAAUCGAUCAGAUAGAUAAAGCAGUGGGUAUCGUUCCACGGGGUGCAUAUGUAAAGUCGCCACUUGGACCUGUGCAUGAAAAUAGGAACUUUGAAGGUUUGUCUUUGACAGAGGCUAAAAAGUUAAGCUCCUAUUUCCAUUUCACUGAGCCUGUAAAUUUGAAGAACAAAACUCUUCUGGAGAAAGCUGACUUGGACCCAGCAAUUGACUUCCUGGAUUCACUUGAACAUGAUAUUCCUAAAGGGUCCUGGAGCAUCCAAGUGGAGAGGGGAGGCAGAGUGAUAGUACUACGAAGCUUGCUAUGGCCUGGACUCACAUUCUACCAUGUUCCCAAUACUAAACAACAUGGCUACAUCUACUUUGGGCAUGGAGAGAAGAACAAAGACCUGCCUUUCAUGCUAUGAACAACAAUGUGAGGCUGAAAACUGAGGGAAAUGUACUAAUUUUGUACAUGAAACUGUUUGCUUUAAUAAAUCAACAUGUAAUCAAUCUAAUGUGUUAGUGGGACCAUAUUUUAAAACUUUUUAAGUAGCCCAGUAAACACUUCUAGUUAA